AUGGCCUUCGCCGCGCGCACCGCGUCGAUCUCGCGGGCCACCAACGAGACCAAGAUCCAGGUGUCGCUAUCGCUGGAUGGCGGGGUGCUCCCGCCCUACGAGCCCACCACGCACUUUGCUGCACCAACAGACCCCCAAGAAGCCGAGGCCGCCAAGAAGGGCAUUGUGCCUCCCAAGAACGCGGGACAUGCGACGCAGUUCACGCCGACACAGCAGGUGACGGUGAGCACGGGGAUUGGGUUUUUGGACCACAUGCUGCAUGCGCUGGCGAAGCACUCGGGCUGGAGUUUGGCGGUGCGGGCGAAGGGAGAUUUAUACAUCGACGACCACCACACAACGGAAGAUACCUUGCUCGCCCUCGGCACAGCCUUUACCAAGGCCCUCGGCGCGCGCCAAUCCCUCACGCGCUUCGGCCGCGGCGACGCCCCGCUCGACGAGGCCCUGUCAUGGGCGGUGAUCGACCUGUCGAGCCGACCCUGGGCCGUGAUCAACCUCGGGUUCCGGCGCGAGAAGAUCGGCGAUCUGAGCACGGAGAUGAUCACGCACGGGCUGCAGAGCUUUGCGCAGGCGGCGGACGUGACCUUGCAUGUCGGCUGCACGUACGGCGACAACGACCACCACCGGGCCGAGAGCGCGUUCAAGGCGUUGGCAGUUGCGAUUCGGACGGCUUGUGCGCGGCGCGGAGCGGGGGAGGUUGGAGCGGGGGAUGUGGUGAGCACCAAGGGUGUUUUGUAG